UAUUUGUAAUCAAAAAGUAAAAUGUGAAUGUUACAAAAUUUUGUUUCGUAUCAGAUUAUGUUACCUAAUUAAAAGCAUACAAUGCAACCGAACAGCUCGUCCAAUGAAAUAACCGAUGGUCUGGACACCGAAUCCUUGCCGGGGAACAGCUCCAUCAAUCGUCGCCAACGUCGUCGGCAAGAGAAACGCCAAAGACAGUUGGAGAACAAAAGACAUUUGCUGUAUACCAAACAUUUUUCGAACUUUCGUUUACCGGUGUCUGUGCCCUCAACAGAUCUGAAGAUGGUGCAGCUAAGUCGCUAUGAAUCCAUUGUUGAUCGCGAACGGCAUCCUCCACUCUUUGUGGUACCUGACCAGAAAUCUCAAUGGGCGCGACUGAGAAUGAUUUCAUGUCCAUGUCACGGCUGCUCCUGUACCUUAGAUCCAAAUGGCUGGUUGUCUCACUAUCUUAAUGUCCAUAUGCCAAUAUUGGGCGUCCCAUUUGUGGAUGUGCCGUUUCCUAUUGAAAAGCAAACACUCCAUGCCACCUGCAAUGUGGGUAGUCUUGAUUAUGAUGUCAACACUUUGUUGGGUGUGUUUGGCUAUCAGCGCUUUGGGCUCAAUCCGCUCAAUUGUCCGCGCAAUACGCUGCUGCCAAAAGACUACCGCAAGUAUUCCCAGCAUGGAGUUUUAUUGCUUUUUGCCUGCCGUACGCGACAUGGAUUGCUUUGGCAACGUAAGCAAAUCGAUGAUGUAGUUGCCAUUUGGGUCUCGACGCCGCUGCAGGGUAUAUCCAUAUCGCUGCGCUGUGUAGUACAUCCCGCGCAAUCGACACGUUACUAUCCGAAGCGUUUGCACGCGCGCCCACUGCCGGCUUCAGCAGAGAAAGGUCCGCCCUGCCGUGAGUUCAUCAAGACGGACAACAACGUCAUUGUAAUCAGCUAUCAAGAUUUAUGGCAGCUACUGACACUAAAUGUGGGACAGCAGCUACUCAAUGUGGAGCUGCACCUAAUGGGCGAGCAAAAAAUAUGAUAUUGGUUGAUAUAGAUUGGGCAAAUAUACGAAAGUCGCAUCUAGGCUAUAAAUAAUUUUUAUUGUUUUUUUGGCAAUAGUAUUAAUUAUAUUUUCUUUAACAAACUAAACAUGACAAUGAUACUUAAGAUUUAAACUCAGAAAUUUACACUUAACAGCAAACAAUGCUGGAGAUUACGUUCGCUAACGCUUUAAAAUGAAUAGGCAAUCAUCCACACAUACAUUUUCACAAUUCUAACUUAAUAUAUUUCGUACAAUUUCGUAGAGUUCGCACUCGUUACGCUUAGAAAAUAUAAAAGGAAUUUACAAAUUUUGAGCCUACAUAUAAUUUAGAUUUGAUAAGCUACUUUACGAUAGUGUAAAUGUGUACCUAAACUUAUAUAUAUAUAUAGCUGUAUAUAUAUAAGUUUGUAUACAACUGUGUGUGUGGGCGUUUGUGUGUGUGUAUGAAGGGGCAUGCAAUAUUCGGCCCGUAGCAAUUACAAUUGCUUAACACAACACAAAACAAAACGAAA